UCCCACCUCCUGCCAUCCUGGGAGUGGGGGGCUGAAGCCAGGGUCUCCGAUGGGCAGGGAGAGGUUCCAGGGUGUGGAGCCGGCCCACAACAGCCCCCUCCCGGCCUGGCCAGAGGCCCUCUCUCCCGGGGGGGCUUGGCCUCCCCCUCCUCCCUUCGCCUCCAGCACCCAGGGCGGCUGCAGACGGCAGAGACUCUGGGGGCGGCCGCGGCGACGGGAUCCACAGGCCAGCGCUGAGCUGCCCAGGCCAGGGCCCUGUGCUCAGCCCAGAAGCUGCAGACGGGGCAUCGGCAGGGCUCCAGCCCCGGCCGCUGUCGAGAUGCCACACUUCCUGGACUGGUUCGUGCCCCUCUACCUGGUCAUCUCCGUCCUCAUCCUGGUGGGCUUCGGCGCCUGCAUCUACUACUUCGAGCCGGGCCUGCAGGAGGCGCACAAGUGGCGCAUGCAGCGCCCCCUGGUGGACCGAGACCUCCGCAAGACGCUCAUGGUCCGCGACAACCUGGCCUUCGGGGGCGCCGAGGCCUGAGCGGACCCCCUCCGUGCCCAGCCAACCUGGACGUCCAGAGACUUGGACUCCUGCAGGCUGCCCCUCUGCAGCCUGGGCGGCCCCCAAAUGAAGUUCCCGGGUUCCCCCAAAGCUGGAAGCGAAGUCGGGGUCCCUGGGUGCCUUGAAGGAUUGCUUUCCGCCUCAAGCCUGCGCACCCCAUGCCAGUCCUCCCCAGCUCUGGGGAUGCUCCCCACUGGCCCCAGUGCCUUUGAACCGCCCGCACUCGCUCCGUCGCCUUGCCCCAGCCUGUUCUGAGCCUCCAGGCUUCUGGGAUAUGCUGGACCACACACUCACACACACACACGCACACAUGCAUGCACGCACACACACGCACACAUGCACGCACACACACACGCACACACACAUGCACACGCAGGCAUACACACACGUGCGCAUGCGCACACACACACCUCGCUCUGUCCUUGCAGCCUGAGCCCGGGAAAGGGUCCCACGGAGCCCACGUCAGCUUGGCCCGGCCCAUCCUGCCCUGCUGGGCCUGACUGAGUGCCAAGGGGCCCACGCAGAGGAAGGGGGGUGUGGGUGAGAAAGAGGAGAGGGAGGGAGGGCCCCGGCAGACUGGGGAGCUCCGUGGGCAGCGUGGGGGCUGCCUGCUCUUGUCCCCUCUGGGCGUGUCCACCCUGCGCCCCCGCCCCCCAGCCCCCGCGUGGGGGGACGCCGCCUGACUGCUUCCCGCUGAGUUUGCUGCGUAAUAAAGAUCGCCCUGGUCUCUCC